AUGCCAGAAGAUGAUCCGCAGAUGCCCCGUUUCUCGGACUCUCCGGCUAAUAUGGCUUAUACUCCGCUCGCAAAUUAUCGAAAAGAAGCGGAUCCCCAGAUCUUUGGAGGUGAGACAGCUGUCUCAUCGCAGAUCUCAGUUGUAUCAGAAGACCACCAUAUUGAGGCAUCAUUUCGCCCGGGUGAUAGGAGUGAACAGACCCCGGACUCCCAACGGCCAUUGCUAGCAGCUCGCUCUCGGGCAUCCGUAUCGUGGCCUACACGACGCGGCUGCGCUGUUGAUCAUAAUGGAAGCCCUCGAUUGAAGCCCCAGGUGGUCACAAACACCGGUCAGUUUCAACCUCAGUUGGAAAUGGGCCGGAUCUGGUCUAUGAUUAGAUUAAGCGAUUCAAGCUCGAUUUACCCAUACUCGAGUGACGAGAGUCUUGAAGAGCACCUCCACGGGUACCUACCCGAGCACCAGCCUGUAGCCCGACCCAUCUGGAGCAAAUUCCAGCGUGACAUGUUCAAAGAGUAUGGCAUAGAAGCAGAAGACCUAAUCAAACAGAAGAAGAAGCCAUGCCUAUUUUCUGGAAGGGCCGAAAAUGAUAAUUAUGCGAAAACUCUCGAGGACAGCCAAAAAUUGGAAAGUCGGCCGGCGAAAUGCCCAACUCACAUGAGCAAAGCUAUCUCUGGCGAGACAAACACGCAGAGUGUCAUUCAAGAAAAGUCACCGGAGGGACCGCGGAGUGGUUCACAGCCAAACAUCGAUUGCUCUGGUCAAUUGUCGGAUCAAAGGAUAGAUACCACAGUGCAAGGUGAUACUGAGGGUAUGGAAUGGAUCUCAGCUCUCAAGACUGCACAACAAACUGCACAUGACCGAUUACUAGAAACAAACCAGGUGAGUCCGAUCUACUGA